UUCCAUAGCAACCGUUGUUGUGACGAGUAAAAAUUUAAAAUACUUAAUUUAAUUAGAAAAUUAUUAAAAAAGAAUAAUAUUAUAUAGGUUUAGAUAUAAGUUUAUUGAUUUCUGGAUAGGUAUGUAAUAAUCGUCAAUUGGAGCUAUGUCUUCUGCACGGGAAUUCAUAAUAUAUAUUACUGAGCACUAUUAUUGUAAGACUAAAUUAAAUGUGAAUGAAAAUCAUGAACAAGUACUUGCUGACUUCAUACAAAAUGCACAUACACUUUUGUUGCAAGGAAUUGUGGAGGGAGAUUCUUUAUUAUUUUUUACAAAGAUAUGCAGUAACAAAAACAAGUCUGUGGUUUUCUACAAAACUUAUCCACAAAAUUUGCUUCAAGAAGAUUCCAUAAAAAGCAUAAAUAUCAUAACAUUAUCAAACAGCGCGGCUGAAUCAUUAUAUCAUAUAUUACAACAAGUUUCACCAUUAUUAAGCCUAGAAGAUAAUCUCUAUUCAAACAAAUUACAAAAGAACCUUUCAGAGCUUGAGAUUAAUCUACGGAUACUUACAUAUGGAAAAAAUGAUCAAACAAUGCAUUUCAUUAUGUCAAUCGAGGAUGAAGUAAACUAUUGGAACCUACGUGCACAAAAGAAAGAUAGUCCCAAGAAGGAAAGAGAAUCUGCAUCUACAAUCUGCGAAUUUUUUGAAGAUAUUUCAGAGGAAUUAAGGUCAAUUCAAUCUAGCAGUAUUUCUGAAAUACGAGAAAUCACAGAAAAUAUCGGUGGUCUUUUAGACGACGUAUGGCGUUUCACAACAUUACUCUAUCCUGAGGAUCGAAUGAUGCACAUAUUUGAUAUUAUUAGUCACACUAUAUGUACCACUAUUCAAAAGAGCUGCACUAAUCUUGAAUUAUGGAAAAUUCAAUCAACAUCAAAAGAAAAUGAGAUUUUAAUACACUUAUCUGAAAGUCUUAAAGUUAUACAAACUUGGAUUAGUGCAUGUCAGUCACUUACAGAAACCUAUUGGCCGAAUUAUGCGCUUCAUACAUGGAAUGGAAAGGCUUAUGUACCACAGUUUUGUUUCAAUUUUCAGACAAGACUGAAAGAGAUUAAUCAAAUACGAUCUACAUAUUCUCAGUUAAAUAAGCUUUUGACUAAUAGUGAGAAAAGUGAACUAAAAACUCAUUUAUUUUUUGAACCCUUUGAAAGUAUCAAUAUAUGGUUGUGCAAUGGCCCAAAUCAAGCUUGGGAAUCUGCAGUGGCAACAUUCGCAGCAGCGUUAAGACCAGCUGAAUCUAAAAUUGCCGAAAAAUUAAAGCCGAGGCUUCAUAAUACAUCAACUAAGCAGAUGCUGUAUGAGUUUAUGCGAUACAAGGCAUUAAUAGAAAGACCCCUUGUCAAACAGGCCCUUAAUAGUGAAUUGGAUAUAUUUGUAUCCUCCCUCUUCACUAUGCUGAAAACAAUACAAAGUCAGCUGGACUCUGAUGAAACAGAUGUUAAAAUGUAUCAGCCGCCGGAAAUGUCGCCCAUCGUACAAAAGGUCCAGUGGGCAAAACAGAUGGAAACUAAAGUAAAAGAUAUUCAAACAUGUGUCGAAAAUUAUCUCAAUGAGUUUGAAAAUAGUAUUGAAUUGUCUAAACUUUCUGUUCGUCUCUUGAAAGACCUUAAAGACAUGUACAUGCAACUUCACGAAGAGUGGUGUAGAGAUUUGCAGGCCCAAGUGAAGAAUGGAUCGCUUCAGCUAGCAUUGGAUAAGCCAGUGGUAGAAUUUUGCAGUAGCAACCGCCUCAUGGUGGUGAAUUUCAACCCGCGGCUAGUAUGGGCCGAGCAAGAAGCACGAGCGCUGGCCGCGUGUGGACUGCCGCUGCCCGCCGCCGCUUCUGCCCUAGAUGCACUUUCUGCCGCACUUGUGCACGCUCGUGCUUUACAGCAGGUGGCAUCAUUCCAUAACACAUUAGGCGAACGCAUGAUUCCGUCAACGCGGCCGAUGAUGUUGCAGGCCGCACUAGACCUAUCUGCCCUCGUUCAAGACCAAAAGUCAGUGUACUGGAACGACGUCGAACAGCUAGCGAACUACACUGACAAGUUGAAGAAAGUUGUUCUUAAACUCGAGUCACAGAAUACUUAUUUAACAAGUCAACACAUAGCUAUACGGAACAUUGUGGAGAAACUGAUAGACACUGAACUUUUAUCACAACAAUCCGAAUGGAAGAAAUCUAUAAAGGACAUUAGAGACAUAAUAGACAAGGUUGAAUCUAAUGGCUACAAGAAUACGGAAUUAUGGAGAUCACAUUGGGAUUGGCAACUGUACAAAGUUUUGGAGUGUCAAUAUAUAAAGACGUUGCUCUCAUUGCAUAAACACUUUCCACACGUAAGAGUGGAUUUAGUAAUCCGCGGACACAAGGUGUGCGUACAGCCGGCGAUGGAGGAGCUCCGUGUACAACACUACCACCAGUUGCGACGGCUAGUUGCUCUGCCGCAACACUUCGUCGGCCUCAGCGACGAGAGACAACUGCAACGGCCCAUAUUUGCAAAUAUAGUUGACAAGCACAGCUGGCUGGGCAACCGCGCCGCGUGCCAGGUGGAGGCGGCGCUGCAGGCGCUGGCGGCGCGCUGCCGGCAGUGGGAGCGGCGCGGAGCGCUGGCGUGCUCGCCGCGCCUCGCCGAGCUGUGCGGUCACUUGCACCAGCCGCACCACUUCGACCUCAACUUCAAGGCCUGCAAGGCCGCCGGCCAGGCCGUCGCCAAGAUGGACUUUGAGGACGAAAAAAUCGAAUGGAUAUCAGUUGGAACAGCUACCCUCCGGCGUGAAUUCGAGGCCCAGGCACGAAAUUUAUGGACAAUAUUAAUGUCGUCGCUUCAAACUAGCUGCCGCAAAGAUGUUGAAACCAUAGACACGUUUGUCGCUGGCGCUAAACUUGCGCUUGAGAAUAAAGAUCUGCCCAAAAAUACUAAGGAACUUGCUGAAAUAAGUGCUAAACAGCAAGCACUGCAGUCAAAUUUGCCUGAGAUGGAGCAAUUAGUAGAAGCAUUGAAACGUAAAGGACACAUGCUGCGGACAUGGGGAGGGGAUGCAUCAGUGGAUGAUACUAUUAAGGAAUGGUUGAAGAUGCGAGAACUUAUACAGAGUCAACAGCAAAUGUUUGAACAACAGGCUGAGAUCGUGAAAUCAAGCCUCAAGGGAGAAUGGGAAAACCUGGAAGUGAGCGUGGAGGCCUGGGUGUCGCGGUGGCAGGCGGCGGCGGCGCGGGCUGCGGACGGAGAAGGCGCAGGUGGAGCUGCUGCCGCCAGCCGCUGCGCGGACGUGUUCGCAGCGCGCGACCACUACCACUCGCUGCGUGACCACAGGGACCGCUUGCUAAAAGAAUGUGAUAAGUUCGAUAUGAAACUUGAACCACGUCAAAUUUGGCAAGAUGCUGAAAAACUUGUUAAUGACCUUGUUGUACUGUGGACACCGCUGAAAGAAUACAAUGAAGAAUAUGAAUUGAUUGCUGAGCAAGAAUGGAUAGUGUUCCAGAAAAAGCUUCAUGUACUAGAUGAAUUUGUAUCUAAAUGGAGCGGACUUUUGGAGCCGUAUACUAUGAUCACAUUGUACAUACAACAAGAAUUAGAAAAAUAUACUGAUUUGACAAUGUUGUUAAAAUAUCUUCGUGGAAAUGACUUCACGGAGCAGCAUUGGCGUGAAGUAUAUGGCCUCUUAGAUAUGGAAUACAAGAAACCUGACACUCUUCUAGUGAGAGAUCUUCUGAAUGUAGCUAGCAACAUCAAAAAGCAAAUUAAAGCUUUACAGAAAAUUAGUACGAGUGCGUCGAGCGAAGCGGCUAUCAGAAGCGCUCUCAACGAGAUGGAAUUGUGGUACGCAGGCGCUAAACUCGCUAUAAUAUACUACACUGAUAAAGCUAAACGAUCCACGCCCAUUGUGAAGGACUUCAAAGAGAUACUUACCAAAGUGGAGGAAUACCAAUGGGUGGUAUCAUCACUAGGCACCGCGGCGAGCUCCGCGUGUUCAGCGUGGGAGGCGCGACUGCGUGCUGCCCGUCUGCUGCUGCGUGCUGCCCACCACGUUCAACGCAGAUGGUUAUAUUUGGAGGCCAUAUUAUCUAACGACGAUGGUGACCUAGGCGUUAAGUUUCGGAAGGUGGAUCAGGCAUUCAGACAAGUGUCUCGAAUCCUGGAGGCUGAUUCUCGCCUAUCUGCACUCAUGCAGUCAUCGAGGCUUCAGACGACUCUCGAUUCUAUAUCAGAGCAAUUGCUCGUCUGCCAGUCAGCACUGAAUCAAUACAUAGAUGACAAACGAUCCAUAUUCCCUAGACUGUACUUUUUGAGUGAUGACGACCUACUCGAAUUGUUGGGACAAGCGCGUGCUGGAGCGGAAGGUAGGGAGGCGGUUAUGCAGAACCAUCUCAAGAAAUUAUUUCCUGGCACUACUGGAGUGCGCCUAGGUCCCGGCGGGAUGUCCAUUACGGCCCUAUGCAGUCAUAAUGAUGAAAUUUUACAGCUGGAUCAUCCAGUGGAUAUAGAUUGUGCGGUAGAGGUGUGGUUAAAAAAUCUAGAAAAUGAAAUGCGCACUUCUUUAAAAAACAUGGCUUUAAAAUGCAUCGUAACGAAUUCCUUACAAGACCAAGAUCCAUUUUCGCUGCCGACGCAAAUACUUUGCCUCGCGCAAAACAUACGAUUCACUGAGCAAGCAGAAAAGGCUAUAGCGACCAAGGAAUUACACAAAUUAAAAGAUAAUAUAGAAAAGGAAAAUUCGUAUUAUGCUGCUGCCGAAGUAGAGGAUGGAUGUGAACAGAAAAAACGACAAGCUCUCAUACUUCAAUGCGCUCAUUACGCGUACAUCGUGCAAACACUGAUAGAAAAUAACGUGGUGUCGGCCAAUGAUUGGAUAUGGCAAAAACAAUUGAGAUUUUAUUUGAGAAACACCAAAGAAAUCAUAGCUGAAAUGGGACUCGCACAAAUAUCAUAUUCAUACGAAUACCUUGGCGUCGAUACUGGGCAGUUUGUGCGAACAGAUAUUGCUGAUGAAUGCUUUCUAAUAUUAACGCAGUCUUUACACCUCGGGUUAGUAGGUAAUCCUUUUGGCCCCGCCGGAACUGGUAAAACGGAGUCUGUGAAAGCACUCGGCGGAUUGGUUGGACGUUUAGUACUUAUAUUCAAUUGUGAUGAGGCAAUGGACGCGGAAUGUAUGGGCCGCUUGCUGUCAGGGUUGGCACUGAGCGGCGCUUGGGGCUGCUUCGACGAGUUCAACCGGUUGUCGGCCGACACCCUCGCUGCCGUCGCGCACCAGCUCGCCUCGCUGCUGCCUGCCCUGCUUCAGCACCGUGCCACUGCCACUGCACCUUCUUUCUCCUCUUCCACUCAUGCUCCGCCUAUCGCGAUACUUAACGGGAAACAAGUGGCAGUGUCCGGCUGGUGCGGCGUGAUGGCGACGCUGAACCCGGCGGCGCGCGGGUACGGCGGACGGCGCGAGCUGCCGGCCGCGCUGCAGCGCGCGCUGCGGCCGGCGGCGGGCCGUGCGGCCGCGCCCGUGCCGCUCGCCGCGCGCCUGCUGGCCGCCGCCGGCGUGCCGCACGCGCCCGACCUCGCCCUCCGCCUACACGACGUGUUCCACCUCGCGAGUACACUGCUCAGUAACGAGCGACACUACGACUGGGGCCUGCGUGCCCUGAAGGCGGCAGUGAGUAGCUGCAGUGCAGCGCUGUCGGCGCUGGGAGCCCAGUCGGCCGACCACGACCGUGCCCUCCACACUGUUCGCACCGUGCUUGCGCUCAACAACCUCUCCAAGUUGACUCCGCACGACGCGCGCAGAUUCGAGGAUAUUUUAUCUCUAGUGUUUGGUGACAAUCCGGAAAAAGAACGCAUAGAUCCAAUGAAAACCGCAUUAGAGUCUAGUGUUCAAACGCUAGGUCUCGCCUCUAGUAAGCUUCAGUUACAAAAAUGUUCGGAGUUGUAUGAACAGCUGCAACAGCGAAUGGGAGUUGCGAUCGUGGGUCCGCCCGGAUCCGGCAAAACAACCAUCAGGCAGAUAUUGAAGAAUGCGCUCAUACAGCAAGGCAAGACAAUAAUGGAGUACGUGAUUUCACCAAAGGCAAUGAGCCGCAAAUGGCUGCUUGGUCAUAUUGAUCUGGAUACCAGGCAGUGGACAGAUGGAGUCAUAUCAGCUAUUGCUCAAGAAGUAUCAAAUCAACCACCAGAUGUGUGGCCGUGGGUGGUGUGCGAUGGCGACGUGGAGCCCGAGUGGGUGGAGGCGCUGAACUCGGUGCUUGACGACAACCGAUUGCUGACGCUGCCGGCCGGUGGCCGCGUGCACCUCGCUACCACCAACUUCCUAUUCGAGACGCACACGCUGCGCCACGCCUCGCCCGCCACCAUCUCGCGACUCGGGAUCGUAUUGCUCGGUGAUGAAAACAAUUGUUCUAAAGAAGCACUGAACAGUUGGAUUAAAACAAUGGAAUUUGAUAACGAAUCUACAAAGAUGACAUUGCCACUGUUGCAAGAAAUGACAGAGAAAUGCUUGGAUUGGCUUGAUGCGCAUAAAACUGAUCUAGUCAUGAAAAUAUCUAAUACGACUAUGGUCAAACAAGUAUUAACACAGUUCACGUACAUAGCUCAGAAUGUAAAUUUGAAUGCAGCAUAUGUUCCAGAAGAUCUUACCUACUUAGCUAUCCAACGCAGCGUUACAGGAUUAUUGAAAGAGAAUUCAAUGGAUAGCUUUUAUGAGGAGCUGCAGAUUCCUCUGCGGCCCACACCUUUUGCGGAGGAUGCGUUAUCGGGCGUGAACGCAAGUGCUGGCACGUGGGUAUCAGAGCGGCUGUUCGUCUCGCAGCGGCUGGCUGCUUGCGAGCGCGUGCUACAGGCGGCUGCCGCUUCCGCUCCCGCCUCCGCUUCUGCCUGUCACGCGCAUCUACUGCUCGUCGGAGCGGACGCCAGUGCUAAGAAUUUACUCAUAGAGCACGUACUAAAGGAAACAAAUUCAAUCGUUAUAACAAUAGACUGUACGCCUAUAUUGGAGCCAGUAGAUAUCAUUGGAGAAUUAAAACGGAAUAAUGUAGUACGAGCGAGCGCGGGUACCAGUGGACGAACAAAUACUGGUGGCGAAACGCGUGUUACCCUUGUAGUUCGCUCGUUACAUCGCGCGCCAGUCGACAGCUGGGGGAGUUGUGCGAUCCAACAGUUUCUCUUACAGAUAAUUCAGCAAAGCGGGUUCUGGACGGCAGGCGGCGGGGGUGAAAUGGGUGGCGAGGGUGGCGAGGCGGGUGGAGAGGGCGCCACCUGGUGGCAGGUGGGCGGAGCACGCGUGAUAGCUGCUGCUCGCGCUGCGCCGCUUGCCGACUCACGGCUGGCGCUUGCACUCGCACCAUGCGUGCUCUCCGAGCCUGAUGAUGAUGAACUAAUAGAACUAACUAAAAGUUCAUUGAAAAGCUAUGUUGACAAAUAUAUAUCGGAAAAUGAAAUAUUAACCCUCACCAAUGAUAUUGUUUCCAUGUUUAAAGAGGUAACAAAAACGUUUCAAUCGCAAAAUCAUUACAAAUGGAACGCAUCUCAUUUAAUGAAGUGGACAGAGAAUAUCAAGUGGUACUCGCCCACAAAUAUGGUAGAAAUCAUAACGGGUUUAAGCGCUGAAGCCGAUGCAAUAUUCAGGGAUAGGUUGGUAACAGACGAGGAGAAAAAUCAAUUCACAACGAUAUCUAGAAAAUAUUUGAAGACCCAGACCAACGAUAAGCCAUAUUUUACUGCUAAACUUCGCAGCGACGGGGUUUAUAUGGAAAUGGUAGAUAAAAAAGAAUGGUAUCAGUGGACACAAAAACUUAUCAAUCAGUGCCUCACUGACGACGAAAAUUCAUUUGGCGAAACCGGUGUAGAAGUCUGUUCAGAACUAGCCAUAUUGUGUCCAGCUAUAGCACGAGCAACUAGUGGCGGAGUGGUGGUUUGCGUGAGUGGAGCGGGGACGGGCGUAAGCGCGGCUGCUACGCUUGCCGCUGCCGCUUUACCCGCUACCGCUUAUUACGCGGAGCACACGCAACAUUUUAACGCAACAUUCAAAAACGCGCUGUGCUCAGCGAGCGAGGGUCGCACUGUGUUAAUGGUGCGGGUGGGGUCAGACUCACAGGCAGAAGCGGGAGCGGGCCCAGAGCUGGCGGCGAUAGAGACAGUGUUGCGGGCACGCUCGCUGCGAACGCUACCACCAAAAUUACGGCCUAAUCAACUGCCACACCAUCAGUUGCAUGAUAUAAAACAAAACUUAGGCAUUUUAAUAUGCAUCGACAAAAACCAAGACAAUAUUUCGGAACUCUUCGAAAAAUAUCCUCUACUGUACGACGAGAGCCACCUAGUGUGGCUGGAGAACUGGUCGACAGAGACCUUGCGCGAAGUGCCCCGGCUCAUUAUCAAUAGGCUUAUGAAGGAAAAUCUAUCGCAAUCGAACAAGGAUGAGGCAGAGCCAGUUCCAGUGGAUGGAUUCGUCAAUAUCUAUGGCAGUAUUGAUUCUGAAUUGAUGCGCGCACCCUGCAGAUAUGUCAACUUUGUCAAGACUUACUACCGCAUCGUGAGCAGAAAGAGGGAUGCUCUACUUCAGAGACAGGGGAUACUAUCGGCAGGCGUAGAGGCACUGCGUCGCGCCCGCAGUUCGGUACAAGAGCUGCAGCGAACGGCAGCCGUGCAGCAGGAAGAGCUGGGUGAACGGCGUGCCGCCGCCGCCGCCGCGCUUGACCAGAUCACCGCCACCGUCACCGCCACUACCGACAAGAAGGACGAGAUGCACGCGCUCAAGCGCAGCAUACAGAUCGAGAACGACAAUCUGCAGAUAAGGAAGAAAGAAAUUGAAGCGGAGUUAGCCUCUGUUGAGCCAGUUAUAGCGGCUGCCCGAGCAGCAGUCGGCGAUAUACGUCCCGAGUCACUGAGCGAAGUUCGUUCACUAAGAGCGCCCCCUGAUGUAGUGCGAGAUAUUCUAGAAGGUGUAUUACGACUAAUGGGCAUCGCUGAUACUUCGUGGCAUUCUAUGAAGAAUUUCCUAUCUAAACGUGGAGUUAAAGAAGACAUCAGGUGCCUGGACGCGAGCCAGAUAAGCGCCGAGGCGGUGUCGUCGGUGCAGCGGCUGCUGGCGCGGCGCGGCGCGUCGUUCGAGCAGGCGGCGGCGCGCCGCGCCAGCGCCGCGUGCGCGCCGCUCGCCGCCUGGGUGCGCGCCAACCUCGCCUACGCGGACGCGCUCGCGCGCGUGCAGCCGCUGCAGGCGCAGCAGCGACAUCUGCACAAGAAUUUGCAAGACGCAGAGGCGCAGUUGGCGGCGUUAUCGAGUGGGCUAGAAAGCGUGGAGUCGCGCGUGGCGGCACUAAAGGAGCAGCUCGGGCAGCACACGCGCGACGCGGCCGCGCUGGAACUCAAGCUGGCCACCGCCACCGACACCAUCGCCGCCGCCACCGGCCUCAUCGACCGCCUCGCCGACGAGUACGACGCCUGGGAACAAGAUCUAGAACACAUUUCGAAGGAAAUAACAGAGUUGAAUCCACGAUCUUUACUGGCCGCUGCCUACAUUGUUUACUUGCCACAUAUGACGGAACCGCAGGCAAGAGAUUACAUCAACAAAUGGAGCGCUCUUAUUGGGUUUGAUGAUCCAACAUUUUCCGUUCCGAACUUUUUAUCGACAACCGAAAAACAGCUCAAAUGGGAGGCAGAAGGCUUGCCCUCUGAUAUGUCUGCUGUGAAAAAUGCUAUUCUGAUUGAUCAAAUCUUAGAAGGACAAAACUGUGGGUUCACGACACUGAUCGUAGAUCCUGACGGCGAUGCGAUCUCGUGGUUGAAGAAUACCUUGGCCGGUGCUCCCUGCGAGUUUGUAUCACAACACAGCGAUAAGCUGCAAACCGCCGUUCAGUAUGCAGUCAGGCUGGGCCGCGUGUUGGUAGUAAUGGAUGUGGAGCAGUUGCACGAAGCGUGGGCGUCGGUAGUGUGCGGAUGGCGGCAGAUGGCGGGCGGGUCGCGCGGCGCCGCGCGGGCUCGGCUAGUACUGGUGUCGCGCGCGGCCACGCACCGCCUGCCGCCGCACGUCGCCGCGCGACUUUCAACCGUACACUUUGCGGCGCGGCUCGAUCCGCUCACAGACCGAUUAAUUUACUACGCGUUACAACAACAAAAUCCCGAUGUAACUGAAAAAUCUAAAGAAAUCAAGAUGACUAAAGCUGUUUUGCAGAAGCAGCAGCAUGAAUUGCAGGAGAACCUCCUCCGCGAGCUGUCGACGAAGAGCGACAUCCUGCACGACGCGGGCGUGCUAGCGUCGCUGGACGAGACGCGCGCGACGAGCGCGACGACGGCGGCGGCGCUGGCGGCGGCGCGCGAGCACGAGGCGCGCGCGCACGCCGCCAGCCGCGCGCUCGGCCGCAGCGCGCGCCGGGCCGCGCGCCUCGCGCUGGCCGUGCGCCGCCUGGCCGCGCGCCGCGCACUGCUCGCGCUGCCGCUCGAUGUCGCGCUGCACGUCUACGCGGACGCCGUGCGCACGCGACCGGACCCGAAAAACAUUAACGAUGAAGAAGUUAUCAAAAUUGUAACAAAAAGGAUCAUAGAGAGAGUAUCAUUGGCUCUCCAUAAGAAGGACAAAUACAUCGUGAUACUGCACUUGUUGAAAGAAGUUUAUGAUGAACAAAUACCUCAUAAGUUAUGGCAAAUAUUUAUUGGAAAUUUGGUUAUUGAAGAUCAAACUGUUGUAGAUGAAAUCAAAAAGAGCUACUCGUGGAUACCUAACGAACUCGUAGAUAAAGUCGCUCAAAUAAAGGUAACGUGUGAAGAAUUGUUUAACAAAUUAUCCCUGAAUAAUGAGGAAAUUUGGCGAGAAUAUUUGAGUUCUGGAGACCCAGCGGUGAUAGCCCGUUUGCAGCUGACGCCGUUCGAGAACGCGGUCGCGGUGUCGGCGCUGAGACCCGAGUCGCUCUAUCGGGCUAUAGUGACGGUCGUCGAUCAUUUCUUAGGCGCGGGCGCGACGAGCGUGGACCCGGUGCUGGCGGCGGUGCGCGCGGGGCGGGGCGCACGCGCUCGGCCGCUGCUGGCGCUGGGCGCGCAUGUCGCCGACGUGCUGGCUGCGCGCGCGCACACGCUGCACCAGGUGGGCAUAGAGGAGGGACGGGCGGCGUGGGAAGCGGCGGUGGAGCGGACGCGGCGAGGUGGCUGGCUGUUGCUGCUCGUCGGAGCCUCGCCCUUCACGCAGGAACUGCAGCAUUUCAUCGACGACUUCAUACAACGCCCGGCUGAAGAUUUUAGCGACGAGUUUCGUUUAUGGAUAGUUACAGAAGAGCGUGACAUUCCACCACUCAUAUCCAACGCUUGCAUAAAUGUUAUUCUUGAGGCGGCGGCGGGCGUGAAGCACAACGCGUUGUGCACGGUGAGCGCGUGGGCGGCGUACCGCGGGCCGCCGCGCGCCGUGCGCCUGCACGCGCUGCUCGCGCUCUUCCACGCGCUCGCGCAGGAGCGCCGCGCCUACAUACCGCAAGGGUGGAGCCAGUGGUACGCGUGGGGAUGGGGCGAGGCGAGCGCGUGCGCGGAGGUGGCACGCGGCGGCGGUGAUGGCGGUGAUGGCGGCGAGGCGCGGCUGCAGGCGGCGCGAGCGCUGUGCCUGGCGCUGUACGAGGCGCGGGUGCCUGCGGCCGCGGACCGCGCCGUGCUGGCCGCGAUGCAGCGCGCCUGCCUGCACGACCGCGCCUUCGGCCACCACUACAGCCCGCGCGGCCUCCGCGUCGCCCUGCCCAGCGCCGACACCUUGCAGGCGUACGUGCCAGCGUUUGAAGCCUUACCCGACAUCGACACGCCACAGUUGCUCGGGCUGCCAGCUAACUGCGGCAUAGCUUGGGAAAAGAAGGCUGCUAGCGACAUUAUAGCUGGACUUAAAGAACUAAGUACAACAGACAAAACUAGCGAAGAUGACACUGGAGAUGGAUCGUCGUUAAAAACCUUGUUGUCACUUUGGAAGAAAUUGAUGGCUGGUAAUCCACUUUUGAAAGGAGACUACGUCGUAGAAAAUUAUGAGAUAACAAUAUCAGCGGGCGCGAGUGCGGCGCGCGGCACGGACGCGGCGGAGAGUGCGGCGGCGCGGUGGUGGGGCGGCGCGGCGGCGGCGGAGGCGCGGGACGCGGGCCGCGCUGCGCGUGCGCUGCAUGCCGCGCUCGCCCGCGCACGCCGCCGCCCGGCUAGCGCCCUGCACAAGGUUCCAGAAGAGUGGCAGAUGAUAUGGGCGGGCCCGGAGGCGCCGGUGCAGUACGUGAGGGAGCUGAGCGCCCGCGCCCGCGCCGCCGUCGAGCGGCUGCGUAUCGCGCCUGCGCGCAUACCUGCAGAGCUGGACGUGCGCGUGUGGGUGCGGGCGGCGCGCGCGGCGGCGGCGGCGCGGGCGCGGGCCGCCCGCCGUCUGCAGCGUGCGCCGCACCACCUCGCGCUCGCCACCCUCUGGGAUCCACCCGCCGAUGACAGUCGGCGUGCAGAAGGCGUGAUAGUAGUUGGGCUGCGUCUGAGCGGCGCGGAGUGGCGAGCGGGCGCGCUAGUGGCCGUGUCGGCGCAGGCGGCGCCGCACUGCGCCGCGCCGCCGCUUCUACUCUACUACGUGCCACAAGCUCAGGAGAGCACGGUAGUGGGAUUUGAGGGUAUGGAGAGGGCGGAGGACGCGACACUGGAGGUGCCGGUGUACAGUAGCGAGGCGCGUGAGGAACUGGUGCUGUCAGUCCGCGCCCCACUCGCGCGCUCUUUCCCUCGCGACGAGGCGCUACUCAACGCCGUGGCACUUUUCAUCGCCCCUGUCGAAUUAAUCUAGGACUAUGCACUGUUUGUCGUUUUGAAGCAAAUAAAUCACUACGUACUACUAA